AUGACAGUCGCGAUUAAUACAAAGGUCUUAAAUAAUUCUCAAAACCAGUUACAAUUAAUUCACGAUAAAUAUGAUGAUAAUUCUUUGUGGUCAAAAAUAAGAAAAGGUCCUUUGGGUUUUAGUUUAUAUGCAGCGCUUCAAUAUCCAAAAGUAUUCUUAAAUAGAUUUUUUUUUGAUAACACACUUAAUCCAACUUGGACGAUUUAUCAAGAAUCAUUUAUAAAUGUACUGAAAUGGACACUUGACGCUCCUUUGACUACAAUCAGAUCAAAUUUCAUAUUUCUUGAAUAUAUAAUGAAACACUUUGGAUGUUCUGAACCAUAUACGCUAUUAGAUGAUGACGAAGACAUUAAAGGAUAUUGGUUAGGCCCUGAACUUUGGAAAGGCCGUCACCCAGAAGCUGUUAUUUUAUACGUUCAUGGUGGACAUGUAGCGAUGUCAUCAUUUUUUGGAAUAAGAUUUUUAUGCUAUUUAAUUAAACAAUUACGUAUUCAACAUGAUAUACAUAUUAGAGUGUUGUCGGUUGAUUAUAGUUUGGCACCAGAAGAACCAUUUCCAAGUGGUAUUAAUUGCAUUAAAAGAGCUUAUAAAUGGUUAACUGAGGAAGUUGGUACUCCAAAAAAUCAAAAAGUAUUUUUAUGUGGGGAUUCAUCUGGUGCAACUGGAGUAAUACUAAUUUCACCGUGGGUGGAAUUAGCAUGUGACAAAUUAUCAUGCCUUACAAAUUCAAAAUACGAUUAUUUACCAAGUCAAUUUACAAGUGUAUCAGCCGAAAACUAUUUAUUUGGCAACGUUGGUAAUCCAAAUCGAUUUCAAGACUCGUAUCGACCAACAGUCAACGAGCCAUUGAUAUUAUCAUGGUUGGAAAAAGUCGAAGAUUCAUUUGAUUAUGUUGGAAUCGAUGAUCCUAAUUAUUAUAAUUUAUUAUCGCCAUCAUCCAGAAUAUCUAAAAGAUAUAGUAUAGAAAGUAGAAGUACCAAUAAUCGAUUUUCAAUGCAUUCGCAACGAAACUCCAAAAGUUCUUUCAAAAAUCUUGGAAGUUCCUUCCGAAAUUCAAAAAUUAGAAUUGAUUCCUCCUCGUCGUUUAUGGUUAAUAGUUAUUUAAAUAAUAACAAUGGAAAAGGAACAACUAAAAAUCACAUAUAUAGUAGUACCAAUAAUACUAACGAGGAGUUUAACGAAUUAGAUACAACAACUAGACAAUCAAGUACGCAUCAUAGAAUAACAUUACAUCAAAUAAUUGAAAAAAAUAAAGUAGAAUUUUCAAGAAAAAGAAUAACAAAUGAUAUAUACGUAAAUCCAAUGGUGUCGCCUCUAUAUAUUAAAAAGAGAAUUUUGGCAAAAUUCCCACCUUUGUUUAUUUCUUAUGGUGGAAAGGAAAUUUUUAAAGAUGAUAUUGAAAUGUUUUGUAAAAAAUGCAUUGAAUCAAAGAAUUAUUUUGGAGGUAGUGUUCCAAAUCAUAAUAAAAACAGUCAUCCUGACGUGACUAUUGAAAUUGAUCCUGAAAUGGUUCACGCAUAUCCAAUAUUUGUUGAUGCAUUUGGUAAACAUUCAAAAAAUACAUUGAAUCGCAUCGCAAGUUUCAUAUCAUCAAAAGUUUACCCUUCUCGUUUAUCAACAAGCCUAUCAUUUCAUCAUAAUAAUAUUAGAAGAAGCGAGUUACUAAAUUUAGAGAAACAUGGAUUACAUGGAGUGUCAAAUGAAUUAAAAGAGCAAUUGGUGGAAUUGGCUAAAAAUAAUCCCUAG